AUUAAAGGUAUAUAGCCGUCGCCAUCUUGUUGUUGUAGAGGAGGAGGAGGGAGGUGUGUGUGCAGCUCUAACUUUAUUUAUUACGCCCUUGUUCUAAUGUACUGGUAAACAUGGCUUCAAUAAGUAGUGAGCAGCAGCUGCGCUUCCGGUGGAAUGACCAUAUGCAGCAUGUAUCCAAGGUCCUUACGCUGCAGAGGAUGGAGGAGCAGUUUUGUGAUGUCACACUGGUGUCUGAAGAUGGUUUUGUUAUGAAGGCCCAUCAGGCCAUUCUAGCGUCCACCUCCACAUAUUUUCAGCGAGUGCUCUCUGAAGUGACCUCUGAUCAGCAUCCAAUGAUUGUGCUGCGUGGAGCUAAUUUUCGUGAGAUAAGCUGCUUGCUGGACUACAUGUACCAGGGAAACACACAGGUGGAUCAUAGCUUAAUGGAGAAAGUUUUAGAAGUAGCAGACAUGUUAGAGAUCAAAGGUCUUUCAAGAAUUCGUUCCAAUGCCUCCAUCAAGAAGUUUAUGGGCCCAGGUCCCUCACCAAAUAGCACAAAUACUGCCUCCCUGAACAUGCCUUGCACAGAUAACAUGAGAGGGAGUUCCAGAUCACCUGAAGAACAGUUUUACCGAGGGAACCAGCCAGAUACAGAGGGAGCACAGGCGAGGUUGGUGGGUAACGUUUGUGACAUUAGAAGUUCCAGAGAGACCCCACACCUACCACCAGACGGACCACCCAUGUCUCGUACACAACCUCACGCCUCGCACCACGAGUCAGACCCUCAAGAUAAUGAAGAUGUGACUCAGACUUCGGGCAUUGAUUUGUCGAUGGCCAAGAACGAGCCGUGGUCACCGAGGGAGGGCGAGGCUGCUGCUCCUGCCAGUCAGAAGGAUGAUAGUGAAGAUGAUGAAUUAUCACUUUCAAAGAAGAAAAGAAAACAUCAAGAGAACCUGUGCUUUGAGGAAACUGUUGAUCCAGUGUCUGACCCUGACUGGGGACGCAUAGGAACGAAGUUUGAGGAGAGUUCACGUCAAAACCCACGAACCAUCAGUCUCACCUCCAUCACCACCGCAGAUACUGGUCUUCUGUCAGGGUUGUCAGAUAGUGAAGAGCAAAGUGACGACAAUGCCACGGGUUACAUACGAGCUGUUGUCCACGGAGCCACACGUCCCUUCUCUACUCCUCUCAUUCUACCUGCUAAUAAACAGCCUACAGCGUCAGAUUCACCAAACACUCGCUUAAUACGUCACCCAUUAUCAGCGUCCUCACUGAUAUCAUUAAAAACAUCACCAUCAUCAUCAUUAGUAUAUCCAAUAUUAUCAUCCACAAAAAUAUCAUCGUCAUCAUCAUCAUUUUAUCCAACAUUAUCAUCAUCUAAAACAACAACAUCAUCAUAUGUACCAUCAUCAUCAGUAGCAGCACCCAAUGGCCAUACACCAAAAUUCAUUAAAUACCCCAGAUCUCAGUCCUGUAUUCCAUUCUCAUCAAGUGACUUCACACCUAUUGCCUCACAGAACACAAACUUGAAAUCAGUUCCUCAGAAUGUACCAACCACAAGUUCAUUGAAGACUAUGCUAGUGGAUGAACAGAAUGCCAUCAAUGCUUCAGACAAAUCAUUAACUGAAGGAAAUAUACCCCACCCAUUAGCACCUGUAGUGAAAAAAAGUUCAGGCGGUGGUAAAAAAUCAUCUUCGGUACCGCUGAAGUCAAUACCAGAUACCAAGGCUACUCAUGAAAGUCCUCAAGACAUACAUAGAAGUAAGUUACCAUCUUCAGAAUGCCUAACACCCUCAACUACAGCCAAUUCAGAAGAGAGGUUUGUUUGUGCCUCAUCUGCAAGCACAUCACUCAAAAAAGUAUUUCCUCUUCCACCCUGCACUGCUGACCCUGACAAAAUUCAUGUCCUUAAAAGAAAAAGACAAAGAAGAAUGUCUGUGUCUAAAAAGAAUCCAGCAAAGCGGGAGAGACAGACAGUGAACACAUCCCUGGACACUGAGUCUCUUGAAACAAAAAACGACAGCCAGACCAAUUAUGUUAAUAUACAACUAAAAGAGGGAAAAUUUGAGAACAGAUACCCAGUGGUGGAUGGGGUGAUGCCUUCUGAAGGACAGACACAAGCAACUAUGGAUAAUGUGAAAGAUGAAGUUGUACAAAAGCCCAGUGAACCUCUUUGUCCCUUAGAGAAGAAGAUCAAGAGACCCAGAAGCCAUAUAAAACGCCCAAUGAAUCAGUACUUGCUCUUCCAUAGAGAAAUGAGGGGAGAAAUGCGUGCAAAAUACCCCGAUGAAAGUAACCGCAAGAUAGCUGCUCGGCUGGGGUACUUGUGGAAAAAUUUGCCAUCGUCAGAGAAAGCCAUGUGGCAAGCCAGGGCCCAGUUUGUGAAGGAGGAGCACAAGCGCUUGUAUCCAGAAUAUCAUUACAAUCCCCACGAAGCUUCUAUGAAAAGACAGGAAUACAUCUCAACAUUGACGGAACGCCGUAAUCUUUAUCGAGUCAAGCCAGAGAACAGUGAGGAACAGAACUGAGCCAUUAACUGCUGUCAUCAGUUGGCAGUAGCAGAACCUAAUAAUUAAUUGUUUUCGUUAAAGCUUUCUUUGUCAUAUUUACUGUUGCCUUCAAAUAUUUCUUUCUAAAUUUAUUUGAGCUUAAUCAAUCUGAUAUCUCAUAAACCAUUUUAGACAAUGCCAAAGGAGAGCAUAAAAUAUUCUUAUAUCAACAGGGUACAGUAUACAGUAUAUGUAUGAAUUUGGUAUAUUUUAACUUUCUUUUUCCAAGGAUAUUAUGAACACCUCACUUACCAUGAUAUUAAUUGCAGCUACAGUAUUAUUGUUUGUCCAUAAUGAUCUAGGAAAAAUUAAGUGUUCGAAGCACAUACAGGUAUCUGUACAACUGUUUCCCGUUAGAAAACUUUCCCGGGUAUCAUACAUUAUUUACCUCUUACUAUUGAGUGGCAUCCUGCAGGAGCAAGAAUAAUUUUAAUUUUAGUUUUCUUUAUCACAUUAACACAGCUUGUGAAGGAUUAAUAGUUAUCAAGCGAGAAACCAAAGGAAUUACCCGGAAUGUUAAUCAUUUUUUUAUUAACUAAUUUGGCAAUAAUAUUAAGGAACUUUAAAAAAAAUGUUAUUUCAGUUAAAAAAAAAUCAGUCCCAGGCCUGAGACACCUGCAUUUACAGCUUUGCAUAUUAAUCCUGCAUUUCUUAUUCUUCAAACUUAAUUGUCUUUGUGAUGAAGAUUUCCUGGACAGUGCUAAGUAAACUUAAAUGAUGAUCACUUUUAUAAGCAUUCCUAAUCCAUCCUUUUCAGGGUAGAUAAUAAAUGCCCGAUAGGAGGAUAAGCCAUUCUACUAAUGUCAUAAAUUAGCUCCCACUGAUCCCAUCCAUCUACCAGUUAUAUUAAUAUUUGGCUUCAUGUAAGGAACUGAGACACAUACAGUACAUAUAGAAAAGUCUUGAAUGUAUUGUUGGAUGAUAUUGGUACAGUUGUCAUUCAGUAUAUAAAGUAUCUUUCAGUGUAAGAGGCAGCCAUUUAGUAGGUGUACCAUCUGUGGGUAUCUGGACUUUUCAGGUACUGUAACUACAUCCUGUAUUGAGAGCUUAACACUGUUGCUCAUCUUCCAUACAACCAAGUGUGUCAGGGUUGUUUUUGAAAAUGAGUUUGGUUAUUUAGGUUAACUUGGCAUGUACUGUACCAGGAUAUGUUAAUCAUGAUGUCAAUAUGUAAUGUGCUUUGGAUCUAUCACUUAAGAAUUAUAUGAGGAGGUAUAGAAUUUAUACAGUGCUAAGAUAUAUAUUAUUUUAGAUUAUGUAACCCCAUUUAAGAAUUUUUUUUUUUUUUUUUUGUGAAUGGAGUCGGGCAUGAUAGAAUAAUUGUUAUCUCAUGGUGAGGUUGGUCAAAGAUGUGAUACUUCAUCAUUACCUUCUCUCAUACUCCCUGUGGAAAAAUAUUAUUAUUAGAUACAGUGUUACAUCUACAGUACACUACGUUACUUAGUUUAUGAAGGAUAUGUUUUAGUAUCAUGAUUCUUUGACUUUUUACUUUUAUGAGUUAUUAGAUAUAUAUUAGUUGCAUGAGGUAAAGAUUAAUCUUGUUUGUGGGCGAUGCAUUUGUUAUGGAUAAGUCGCCCCUGAGGUACAGGUAGCGACAUUUGUUUUAAGUGAAUACUGACAUUAUAAUUUUCAUGUUUCUCCAGUUUUCUUCAUUUUCUCUAUGCAACUGCAUGUAAAAUAAAGACUAUAUACAAUAAUGUACCUAAAUUCA